GGCCGGACCGUUCACUACUUGGAUUAUUGGCCCUGAUCACCCGGCCUCGGAGAUUGUACUAUUGGAGUAGAGGGGGUCGGCGGUCCUGCAGUGGUUUCGGGAAAGGGGCAGGUGUAGUGUUUCCAGGUAGAGCCGGAGUUUCGUCCUUGUUUGUGAUUGAGGGAGGGGCCUGUCCGACCGGUCUGACCUGGUGGGGGAGGAGGAGGAGAAGAAGAAGUUAUCGGCCGGGAAAGCGAUUAUUACAGGUCACUUGUAGAUCUUCUACUGAGAGGAGGAAGAUGCAGCUCGUUACAGCUCUGAGGCUCGGGGCAGCGCUAAUGUGCCUCGUCCUGGUGGUGCAAGUCCAGAGUCAAGGAUGCAAAUGUAGAACGCACUACAUGGGUAAAUGCGAUAACAGCGGUGCAUCUUCAGAUUGUCAGUGUACCCUCACCAUAGGGCCCGAUUCCCAACCUGUGAACUGCUCAAAAUUAAUUCCUAAAUGUUGGCUGAUGAAGAGAGAGAGCCUUGGGACAAAGGCAGGUCGCAGAGUUAAACCAGCACAAGCACUUAUUGACAACGACGGACUGUACAAUCCAGAGUGUGAUACUAAUGGGGUGUUUAAGGCCCGGCAGUGCAACAAUACUGACACCUGCUGGUGUGUCAAUACCGCCGGGGUCAGAAGAACUGACAAAGGGGACAAAAACUGGAAGUGCCCGGAGCUGGUCAGAACUAACUGGGUGUAUGUUGAAAUGAAACGCAAUAACACAGACUCCGUGAAUGAUGACGACUUGAAAAAAGCACUUAAAACAACAAUAGUGAAUCGAUAUGGAUUACCUGAAAAAUGUGUUUCUGUUGAGCUCGAGGGUCCUUCUUUAAUCUACGUCGACUUAAAGCAAAACGGCUCCCAGAAACUUCCAGGAGAGGUUGAUAUUACAGAUGUUGCAUAUUACAUGGAAAAGGAUAUAAAGGGAGAUUCCCUGUUUCAUCCAGAUGAAAAAUUUGAAAUUCUUGUUAAUGGAAAUAACUUUGCUGUCAAGGAACCCAUCAUCUACUACAUUGAUGAGAAGCCACACGAGAUCUCUAUGAAACACCUCACCCCUGGGGUCAUUGCAGUCAUUGUUGUCGUGGUCUUGGCUAUUGUUGCUCUAAUAGCUGUGUUGAUUUUUACAAGACGAAAGAGAGGAAAGUAUCAGAAGGCUGAGAUGAAGGAGCUGAAUGAAAUGCAGCAAGAAGCAAGCACAUAAAACUUGAUGGAAGAACCUGUCUCAAGAAGAGGAGUCUGCUAGACACAACAGGCAGCAGGCGUUUGAAUCCAAAACACUUGCGAAAGAGGCUUCAUCUUUCUCGUGUGGGAAUAAGCCUUUUUGUAUCAUUGUGAAGAUAUUUAUAGCGGACUUCCACCGCCAUUUUUUUUUUUCUUUAGAUUACUUCUAAUGAUGUAUUGGUACUGGUUUUGAGAAAUGGGCUGUCUAGUACACCAUCCGAAGGUCAUUAUGGGUACAGGCCGUGUAUGUUUUUACUUGUAAGCCACUGUCUCUGCUUUAUACUUUGUACAAAAAUAAACCGCUGUAAUCUGUCUGUAGAACAUAAGGACUUUUUAAAUAUGUUGUACAUAUUCUGUAUUGAAAAUGUGCUUGAAUUAUGGAUUUUUUUUGUUACUGUUGGAUUUAAUAAAUGUUUUAAAGAGA